ACGUCGAAAAAUUGGUUUGUCUUUUGUGAAAAAGUCUUCAAAAUAAAGGGAGCGUUUUCUUUAAAGUUUGCCUAUUUGAAUUUUUAAAUCAAUAAAAUGGCAGAGUCCGAUGUAGUGGAUUUGGAUCUUACAAUUGAUGAUUUAGUUCCAAAGAGUCCUGAAAGAUUGGCUGAAGAAAAAAAGGAAAGUGGAAACCAUUUGUAUAAAUUCAAAAACUAUAAGGGUGCCCUCACUAUGUAUGAUGAAGCAAUAAAACUGUGCCCAGAAAACGCUGCUUAUUAUGGAAACAGAUCUGCUUGUUAUAUGAUGUUGGGCAUGUAUAAAAAGGCUUUAGAAGAUGCUCAGAAGGCAGUUGCACUGGACUCGACAUUCACUAAAGGCUACAUUCGAAUGGCUAAAUGUUGCAUUGCGUUAGGUGACUUGUCUGGUGGGGAGCAGGCAGUGAACCGUGCAAGUGAACUAGGCGGCGCGGAUUGUGCGACAAGUGAAAGACGCGCUUUAGAGUCACUUCGCAAACUCCAUGAGGAGGGACAGCGCGCUAUGGAAGCAGGCGAUUACCGCCGCGUAGUGUUUUGUAUGGACCGUUGCCUCGACUACAGCCCAUCUUGCUCCAAGGCGAAGCUCAAAAAAGCCGAAUGUUUGGCAUUAUUGGGGCGUUGUCAGGAAGCACAGGAAAUCGCAAAUGACUCUUUGAGAUUUAAUAGUCUCGAUGCUGAGGCCAUUUAUGUGCGAGGUCUCUGCCUUUAUUUUGAGGACAAAGAUGAACAAGCUUUUAAACAUUUCCAACAAGUGUUACGACUUGCACCAGACCAUAAAAAAGCUAUAGAAACAUACAAAAGAGCUAAACUUCUCAAACAAAAGAAGGAAGAAGGUAAUGAAGCAUUCAAAAUGGGAAGAUGGCAGCAGGCUCUCAUUCUGUACAAUGAAGCACUUACGGUAGAUAAGAAUAACAAAACUGUGAACGCUAAAUUAUAUUUUAAUAAGGCUACUGUUUGUGCUAAACUUAAUCAGAUCAAAGAAGCGGCAGACGCUUGCACUGCUGCCCUCGAGUUGGAUGAAAACUAUGUUAAAGCUUUACUAAGGCGCGCCAAGUGUUACACGGAGCUCGGGGAACAUGAAGAAGCAGUUAAAGACUAUGAAAAACUAUUCAAAAUUGACAAAAGUAAAGAGAACAAACAGUUGCUGCAUGAAGCUAAAUUGGCACUCAAGCGGUCGAAACGUAAAGAUUAUUAUAAAAUCCUCGGAGUAGAUAAGUCUGCGUCAGAAGAUGAUAUCAAAAAGGCUUACAGGAAGCGUGCACUGGUACAUCAUCCUGAUCGUCACGCCGGUGCUUCGGACAAUGAGCGUCGUGAGCAGGAAAAGCGGUUCAAAGAAGUGGGUGAAGCGUACGGUAUCCUCAGCGAUCCGAAGAAACGUGCCCGCUACGACCAUGGACAGGACCUCGACGAAGACUCUUCCGGGAUGGCAGAUAUCGACCCUAACGUCGUGUUCCAAACAUUCUUCAACCGCGGCGGUCAUCACUUCGGAUUCCAUCAGGACGCUGGUUACCCUGGAACAGCUUUUAGCUUCCAGUUUGGCUAAACAUUAUCACUUAUAUUCAAAAAUAAAAGCAAAAAUAAUUGAUUUUAUUAUAGUAUAAAAUAGCUCCCAAUUAAUAAUAUUAUUCGGUUUCAUAAUAUUCGAAUUGCAGAAUGUUAUACAAAUUUGAAAUAAUUGGACGAAUAUUCUAGACGAAAAUAAUAUCAUUGAUAUCUUUUAGAUUUUG